CGGACGACUUCUGUGGCAGAAUAUAGAACGACUGAUGACGUGUGGCGUGGGCCGUUGCACCAGCAGCAGCAGCAGCAGCAGCAGCAAGGGCAGCAAGAGCUGCGCGAGCUGCUGCAGCAGAAGCCCAAAGGGUUCAUUGUUGCUGUUAAAGGGGCCCCAGAACGGAUAAAACAGUUUUUGGGGAAAGUGCCGCCUUUUUAUGACUCUGUUGCAGAUGAGCUGACUGGAAGGGGGCUGCGCGUGUUGGCUGUGGCAGCUCGCAUGUGCACGACGAACCCUCAGUCCUCUCCUCGUGAGGCCCUGGAGCGAGAUUUGCUGUUUUGUGGGUUUCUGGCUUUUGCUGCUGCAAUUAAGCCAGGAGUGCAGCAGCAACUGCAGCUGCUGCGCUGCUCGGGGCAGCAGGUGGUUAUGCUCACUGGAGACCACGCGCUGACAGCUGCUGCUGUUGCGGCUGAUGUUGGCAUCAUACACCACCCCAGCACCUGCGGGGUCCCAAGCUGCUGCGGCUGCAGCAGCAACAACAGCAGCAGCAGCAGCAAGGAGGCUACGGGCAAGCUGCUCCCUUUGUUUCUCAGCCUCUCAGAGGCCGAAGAGACCAUCGAAACGUCCCACGGCAGCUCGCAGCAAAUGCAGCCCAGGGCUCGAAGAGCAGCAGCAGCAGAAGAGGCGGCAGCAAACGACUCCUUCUGCAGCUCAGGCAGCAGCAGCAGCAGCAGCAGCGUGUUGGAACGCAGGGUUAACCGCGUGCUGCAGUGGGUCUCCUCAGACAGCAACGUGCGGCUGCCGUUUGCUGCAGCCUUAACUGCCGAGCCUUCCCGGCACUAUUCAUUUUGCGUGUGUGGCACUGUACUGCAGCAGCUGCGGCAGCUGCAACAGCGGCAGCAGCAGUUGCGGCGGCCGGCAGUGCUGGAAACGGCGGAGGAGCAGGAAGCACGUUUGGGCUGCCGCGAAGAGCUGACGCUGCAACAGCAGCAGCAGCAGCAGGAGCAGCAGGAGCAGGAUGCGUCGCAGCAGGAGCUGCUGCGGCAGCUAGUGCGAUACGUGCGCGUUUUCGCUCGUCUUUCUCCCCGAGAGAAACAGCAGGUCGUGCAUGCAUUUGCUGCUGAGGGAUUUCCUGUGCUCAUGUGUGGCGACGGGGCCAACGACAUUGGGGCAUUGAAAACAGCAGCAGUGGGGGUGUCGGUUCUCUCCAGCGCGCCUUGUGCUGCGGUCUCGGCAGCAGCAGCAGCUGCUGCUGCUGCAGGCCCUGGCGCUGACGCUGCCGGGGCUGGGCGGGCAGGCGCAGCAGGUUUUGCUGCGACUCAGCGGCAGCAGCAGCAGCUGUCGCCGCAGCAGCAGCGGCAGCAGCUGCUGGAGCGCACGCUGGAGGGCCUGGCCGGGGAAAGCACGCUGGUGCCCCUGGGCUCCGCCUCCGUUGCUGCUGCUUUCACCUGCCGGGACAGCGGCAUUGGCGUAGUGUCGCGCGUGGUGUCUGAGGGCCGCUGCUGCCUCUCUUCUUUGCUGCUGAUGCACCGCCUCAUUGCUCUAAACUGCACUGUCACUGCAUUUUCUUUGUCUGUUUUGUCUACUGACGGAGUUCGCUACAGCGACCUGCAGGCAGCCAUAGAAAGCUGCCUUUCCACGACGCUCACGCUGUGUCUCAGCGCUUCCCCAGAAGAAAACGCGCAGCAGCAGCAGCAGCAGCAGCAGAUAAAGGGAUUCAUGGGGAAUAAACCCCCGCCAACUUCAGUCUUUUCAUUUUGGGGCAUUUUGUCCCUUGUGGGGCAAGGUGCCCUCCACGUGUGGUGCCUCGCUAGGGCGUGGGUCUUGGCUCGGGCGCUGCGAGACAGCAGCAGCAGCAGCAGCGGCGGCACUAGCAGCAGCAGCAGCAGCAGCGAGGAUGAGAACCUGUUUAAGCCCGAUGAAGUCAACACUGCAGUUUUCUACUUAUCUCUGUGCAUGCACCUCUCAACUUUCCUAGCGAAUUACGAGGGGGCCCCCUGGUCGCAGCCGCUGCGCCAGAACCGGCGCUUGUGGCGCAUGCUUCUGGGGGGAUUCUUGGUGCUGCUGCUGCUGCUGCUGCAGCUGCUGCCCUUCCUCAACCAAGCGCUAGAGCUUGUUCUCUUCACUGACACGCGCCUGCAGCUGCAGCUGCAGCUGCUCAUUCUCCUCGAUAUAUUUGGACCCUGGGCAAUCGCUGCUGCUUGCAGAAAGGCAGCAGCAUUUAGAGAGGGGCCUCUCAAGCCCCUACCGCUUCAGCAGGCGGCUCAGCUGCAGCAGCAACAGCAGUAG